AUGAAUGGUGUUGAAGUUAAUCGAAGUAGUAACGUUGGUAUAUCAAGCCUGAUGAAAGGUUAUGUAUCAUUCAGUCCAAAUCAGUUGAGUGCUAUCGAGAAUGCUGGCUGGGUGAUGCAAGAUAAUGUUAAAUUAACAAACGCUGCUGGAAGCUUUGAUUUAUUGAUUCCGUUGAAUAUUUUAAGUGGUUUUGCUGAAGAUUAUCUGAAAGUCCUUAUGAAUGUUCAGCUAGAGAUAAUUCUUACAAUUUCAAACAGUGACAUUAAUGCUUACAUACAACAAGCAGCAGGUGCUGAGGAAGUAAAGUUAACUUUGCAAAAAAUCGAGUGGAUUGUGCCGUAUGUCACCCUAUCAGACAAGGAAAAAAUUCAAGCAUUAAAUUAUAUUACCAGUGAUCCGGCUAUCUCAAUUAGUUUUCGAACCUGGGAAUCGUAUGAGUAUCCGCUGUUACCAGCAACAUCAAGACAUAUUUGGGCUGUCAAAACAUCAACACAACUGGAGAAGCCACGUUACGUCAUCCUCGGAUUUCAGACAGCAAGAAAAAACGACGCAAGGAAGAAUGCGAGUCGAUUUGAUCAUUGUACGCUCCGUUACGUAAAGUUAUUCCUGAACUCACAGAGUUAUCCGUACGGGGAUCUGAAUUUGGAUAUCAACGACAAUCAGAAUGCUUUAUUGUAUCAUAUGUACACUGAUUUCCAAUCUUCAUACUAUAAUAAAAAGACAGAGUCACUGUUUACAAAGCAGAAAUUUUUGCAAGAAGCUCCGCUCUGUGUUAUAGACUGUUCUAAGCAGAAUGAGGCAAUUAAAUCUGGACCAGUAGACAUUCGAUUGGAGUUUGAAUCCACAAAUCAAUUUCCACAAAACACAACAGCUUCUUGUUUAAUAAUCCACGAUCGUAUCGUUGAGUAUAACCCAAUCAGCAGCAUUGUACGAAAAUUGACUUGA